GGUAUCUUAAUACCGACUAAACCAUAAACAUUUAUCCCUAAACUGUCCCAGAGCAAGACACGAUUCUAAAACAUUUUAACAAGGAAUCCACGCAAUAGUGGACCACGUGGUAAAAACUAAACCAUGGUCAUGGAGCUUAAUCAUCUAAACAGUUUAAGGACAAUCCCUUCUGCGGAGGAACUUCAAAAAAUGACACAGUACGACAUCGUGGAUACUCUGCAGAUGGAACUGAGUGUGGUCUUCCUGAUUCUGAACACGUUUGCCAGAGCGACACUGUCUCCACCAUUCAUGGAUAAUGUAAACAGUCAACUUGGACAGGGCAUAAUUAAUAACAAUAAUAAUAUAGGUCCUGAACAUGGAGAAAGCAAGAGUCACGAAAGUUGGGGAUAUCACGGACAUGAUGGGCCUUAUUCAUGGCCGACUCAUACGGCUGCAUGUGGAGGUUUCUACCAAUCACCGAUUAAUAUACAAAGCAGUGCGGUUAUACCGACGGGGACAGGAGGUAUUCAGAUGAUUGGCUUCGACAAAGAGGCAAAAGUAGAAUUAAAAAAUAACGGACAUUCUGUUUAUGUAAAUAUACGGCAUGAUACCAUGACGAUACAAAAUGGCGGACUCGACGCACCAUAUCAAGCUGUACAGUUUCACUUCCACUGGGGAAGUAACGACACUAGAGGAUCAGAACAUACACUCAACGGCCGGGCAUUUCCCAUGGAGAUGCAUGUGGUUCUCUACAAACAAAUGUAUGGACGUUUGUCAAGUGCUAUUUUACAUCCAGGGGGUGUUGCUGUUCUUGGCACUUUCUUUGAGAUAUCCUCACAAGAUAAUGGAAAUUAUUCUGAAUUACUUGAUAAAAUUGAAGAUAUAAGAUAUCCGAAAGAUAAAGCAAACUUUACCCUAAAAUCUUUGGCUAGUUUGUUACCAAGUUUUGAUAAUUACUAUCGUUACCAUGGUAGUUUAACAACACCACCAUGUUCUGAGACGGUUAUAUGGACAGUUUCAACAGACAGAAUUUACAUUUCCGAAAAACAGAUGGAAAAAUUUCGAAAAGUAGUUUCUUCUGAAAAAGAUUGGAGUGGCAGAGAUUUAUUAUUGGUGGACAAUUACCGCCCAGUUCAAAGUUUAUAUGGCCGGAGAAUCACAUCAAACACAGCAGUUAAACCUGAAUAUUAACUCUAGUACUUAACUUCUUGAUCCAAGUUUUUAACUAUGUUAGCUCAAAGCUCAGAUAAACGUUUAACUCGCAGCUAAUUUGAAUAAAAAAAAUAUUGAUACCCCGGUGUCCAUGUAACGAGUCGAACUCAUUGUGGGAAAUAUGCCAAUAUCGGAACAUGGAAAUGAGCAUUGGCAAGAGCUAGCAGCGCGAAUCAGAAGAAAAAAAAAUAGUAUCUCGGAUCACGCAAUCUGGAUGGCUGAGUUACCUAAUAACGGUCCAGUUAUUCAUCUGUAGGAUUUUUAUUGUAAAACUGGCCACAUGACUGAGACAAGUAAAAAUACUUAAAUCAAAUUUUGUCGCGCCAUCAAAGUGGAUGUAUUUUAGACAAAUUCGACCUGACGCGUUUAAAAUCAACUUUCCUCCAUAUCGAAACGACCACCAAAAGAACCUGACUGCCAUUUUUGAAACUAUGCAUUUUAUUCUGACCAUCUUUCGGGUAUGCAUAACUUUCUCAACAUAAAACACCCAAUACCCAUUAUGAUCUAAUGCAUCAUAGAGCCCCCCCCCCCCCAAAA